GCUAUUAAUAAAGAAAUUCUGUAUAAAAGAUUUAUUUCUGUUGAAACUCGUGUGUGAUCAGGGCUUAUCCAGAAAUUCACCUUCUGUUGGUCGUUCCGGUGAAUAUUUUAAUCUUCGCUUGCGAGACUCCAGAGAAGGCUUAUAUUAAUAUAUUAAUAUUAUUAAUAUUUCGAGUUUUGGAGGUGCAUCAUCAAGCGAAUCGUCGGAACCAGCGAUGGAGUUCAGAGGAAUUCAAUUGAUAGUAUUCAUCGCAGUUAGCAUUUCCUGUGGAUAUUCAACAGAUCUUUUGAGAAUUAUUAACGGCAAAUCCGCGAUGUUGGGGCGUUAUCCACAUCAGGUCUCCAUCCAGAGGAUGAAUUGGCAUACCUGUGGAGGAAGUAUUAUCGAUGAAAUUCAUAUUUUAACUGCCGCGCACUGUGUGGUUUCGAAUAAUUAUAAUGUUGAUCUCAAAGGGCUGCGAGUUGUCACAGGUGUAAUCGAUAGGGCACAGUCAAAUUUCACCAAUACAUUCAGAGUUUCCAUGGUGUAUUACCAUAGAUAUUUCCGCCCACAGCCACCGGCGAAUGAUAUUGCUAUUUUGAAAUUGAGCAGACAAAUACCUUUCAACGAUUAUCAAAGGCCAAUUAAAUUACCAACUCAAAACACACAAUCGAGAGUAGAGGUUACCGUAACCGGCUGGGGCAGAGGAUAUCAUGACAAUAGGAGAAGAAAACAGAUGAGAUAUUUACAGAAACUUAACAUGAUAACAGUAAGCCUAAGGGUAUGCCAAUAUAUUUAUGGGAGAGUGAUCACCCCUCGACAACUAUGCGCUAAAGGCGCCCCAGGAAGUGGAAUGUGUAUCGGUGAUAGCGGUGGUGCUCUCACCCACAAUGAUGAAAUCGUCGGGAUCGCCUCGUGGGUUGAGAUUGGUGAUGGGCUUCCAUGUGCUAAAGCAAGCCCAGAUGUCUUCACACGUGUUUAUGCUUAUCUUCCAUGGAUCAACGAUGUUUUGUCACUAAGUCAUCAAAAAUCACGAUAAUUUUCCACAAUAAUUUGAUUGAUUAUAGUGUAAAUUUUUUGAAAAUUCUAUUUACAAUCGAUUACCUUUAUCAAGACGGAAUACUAUUGGCUCAUCAACUCAUUAUUAUGAGCAACAAUAUCUUAUAAAUAGUGAAUGAAAAUUGCUUUGAUAAAAUAAAGAUAAUUAUUGUUAUUGAAAAA